AUGUCCAUUGGCCAGGCUUUGGCUCAAUUUAAAUUUAGUGACCAAAAGGGCAACGAGAUUUUCUUAGCAGCACAAGAUAUGGCAGUGAGAGACCACAAUGUGGAAUGCAGAUCCAAUUUAUACAUCGCUGAGUCGACCUCAGGGCGAGACCAAUACUUGAAAUGCAUUCGAUUCCAUGGCAGCGGUCGCUUUGGGAUCAUGGAGAAGGUUUAUUGCCAUUAUUUUGUGAAGUUGUUGGAAUCCCUUCCACCUCCACUUGAAGCAUUAAAGACAGCAGCCAAUCAUGCCAAAUAG